AUGUACGCACCGCUGGAGUUUUUAGAUCGGACGUUUUCGUUGUGCAGCGGGAGCGACAUAUGCCCCAGCUCGGACGGUGACAACACCGCUGCACCCAUGGACCUGAGUCUUGGGCGAGUUCGAGUUCCUCGCGGAGCAAGCAUCGCACCGAGGUUGCGGGACGUUCUACGGGACGAACAGAACAGCUCCUUGGUGAAGUUUUUGCACGGGACAACCACUUUAGCGUUUGUCUUCCGCGAUGGGAUUAUUGUGGCCGUCGACUCGAGAGCGUCUAUGGGCCAAUACAUUGGAUCUGGUACCGUGAAGAAAAUCAUCGAGAUCAAUCCAUAUCUGUUGGGCACCAUGGCGGGCGGCGCGGCCGACUGCUCAUUCUGGGAGCGCUAUCUCGGAAUGCGAUGUCGUCUACACGAGUUGCAGCACCGGGAACGGAUCUCAGUCGCCGCUGCAUCCAAGCUUCUUGCCAAUAUCGUUUACGAAUACAAGGGCAUGGGAUUGUCCAUGGGCACGAUGAUUGCGGGCUGGGAUAAAACCGGCCCGCAGCUUUUCUACGUCGAUAGCGAUGGUGUUCGUUUACGGGGGACACGAUUCUCAGUCGGGUCAGGUUCAACAUUUGCUUACGGAGUUCUGGACCAGUUCUAUCGCUGGGACAUGGAUGCAGCUGAGGCUGCGGAGCUCGGCCGACGCGCUAUCUUCCACGCAACCCACCGAGAUGCUUACAGCGGCGGCUACAUUAACGUUUAUCAUGUCAAAGCCGAUGGCUGGGUCAACUUGUCCCAUGAUGAUUCUGGCAUAACCAAGUACGCAGAGUACAUGGGCUUCCGAGCACAGACGGCACCAACGACGGCAUCCACGGUGGAUACUGGUGCCGCAUCCACGGAUACGAUGAUCAUCGAGUCCUGA